AUGAUGCAGGAGGGACAUUUGCAAGCUUGGGGGCAUGUCGCGCAAGUCCGCGAUUGUGUUGUCGAAAGUACGCUUCGAUGUCGCGAUGGCGUUACGUACCCUGUGCUUUCUGCAGGCCUUAUGGUCGAGUCGCGUUGUGAGAUGCUUUGCACUUGCCGGCGUUCUGCAGGGCCGCUGCACAAGCGGCCAUGGGCCAUGCGUGCUGGAACAUCUGCAGAGCUUCAAGCGUUGAACUUUGCAGAGCAGGAGCCCAAAUCUGAGAAGCCGCCCCCCGAAAAUUCGCGAAAGCCCUGCGAAAGUCCAGUGAAGGCUUCGGCGAGACGACAUGUCUGUCGCCCUCCGAAGACCAUCGCUGUGUCUCUUCAUCGCCUCCGCAGGUUGGUACGCUAUACACCUGAGAUGAGGCGUGAAGCGCCAGCUCAGUACAACCUGCGCGGGGUCCUUUUGUUCCUGUGCGAGUGGACGAGGAUUCAGCCCUACAUGACAACUACAGCUACUACCACGGCUGGCACCAUGGAUGCAGCGUCAGAGCUUUGGGCAGAGUGUCGAUUUCCAGACUUACAUGAAAUCCUUUGA